AGAUCUGGACCUUGGAUAAUGCCAGCUCUUGUCGAGGGCUGAUCGCCACCGGGUUCGACCUCAAGCAGUUUCAUGUCACGCUCACCGGAGAAUCGCAGCACCGUAUUGACAAACACAGUGCUUGGGAUUGCCGGACCGUUUAUCGCGAAGACGCGGAACAUGGUUCUCAGAAUCCUAUCGCCGACCUCGUCAUCCACCCCCCUGAUCCUGCCAAUCCGACUCCCACUCCGCUUUACACACUCAUCCGCAUGUCGGCUACUGCCACCACUCACGACUGGUACCAGACCAAUGUCCCUCCUCCCAGUGAUCCCGCAGCAGAUCCGCGGCCGCAAUGGGUGCGCACCAUCGCGCAGAAACUCGAGGUUCAGGUCCCCGUUGACAUGCACCUAACGCGCAACUACGACGACAGCGGGUCAGAGGGCUCCGAGUCGGGCUCGGAGGAUGAAGACGAAGACGGCGACCUGGACCUCGACGGCGAUUUUGACUCCUUCGCGGAGGAGGGCGACGCGAACGGGAGCGCGGGGGCUACAGUCCUCGACAUCCCCGAGAUCCACCCGCAUCGAUACCGCCUCCACGGUCUGGCGUUGUCUCCGGGCGGCGGCGUCACCGCGGUCCUCGCGAGCACACAUAGCACACAGCGCCCCGAGCGGGGCGGCUGGCACACGGUGAGGUCGAGCGUGCUGUUCGGCUACAAGCCGCGACGCAAGCGGCAGCCCCGGCGCGGACCUUGCUCGGGCCAGCACGACACCGGUGCUCCUCCCAUCGACCCGCAAGUCAUGGACAGCCUGACCACCGCCACCCCGGCUCCGGCGGAGCGAACCGGUCAGUACGACCGCCUCACGACCGAGGCGAAGCUGUUCGAGUACCUCUACGGCGGCGGCCCCGAAGUGCCCGGCGUGCACUACCCUUCCCCCGCCGCCGCCGCCGCCAGGGCGGCCAACAGCGACGCCGUGACGGGGGCCGAGCUGCGCGACGUCUUCGGGCCCGCGCUGGCCGCGCAGAAAUGCGACCUCUGCGGCGCCGCCAUGGACGUCCGCAAGGGCGCGCUCAGCGGGUGCCGGAACGGGCACUUCUUCGGCACCUGCGCCACCUCCGGGCUGGCCGUGCAGACGCCCGGGGCGACGCGCAGCUGCGGCGCGUGCGGGCUCCGGACGAUGAGGGCCGAGGUGCUCCUGGCCAAGAUACCGAAGCAAGAGAGCGGCGGCGGCGACGACAGACGGGAGGAGGUGAGGAGGCUCCUGGGGGAGGGAGUCUGUGGGGCGUGCGGGGGGAAGUUUCUGAGUUGAGUUUCCGGUUGUUAUUUCUUUCUUUCUUUUUGUCUCUUGAAUAGGGUGGCAUAGUGUGCGAAUAAUGAAAAGGGAGGGGUAUUCCAGAUGGUCUGCAUGGUAGCGGCACCAUCUUCCGGUGGUGCUUGCUUAACGUUCGGGGUAGAAUUGGACAAAGUUUGGCGAUGACUUCUUUCCAGACCACAUCCGAUGAGCUGCUAUCAUGUCAGCAAAAUUAGGGGGUUGUUGUUGGGGGGAGGGGAAGGGAUUUGAGAUGAACGCGUCACCCUGGA